GGCCGCCGCCGCAAACACUGCACCUGCAUUCUGCAACAUUUGCUGAGUUACAAAUACUAAACUUUAACAUGAAGGCUAUCGUGAUCGUUCUCUUGUUAGCCGCCGUAGCGGUCUUCGGCGCUGAGGAGAAGAAAGAGAAGCGUGGACUGCUAGGGCUGGGUUAUGGCGGACAUGGUCUGGGACUUUACGGAGGUCACGGUUUAGGUCUCUACGGAGGCCAUGGAUUAGGCCUGUAUGGAGGACACGCCAUCGCCGCUUCGCCCAUCGUCAGCCAUAGCGUCGCCAUUCCCGCACCCAUAAUCAGUCAUGGAAUAGCUGCUCCAGUGUUGGACCAUGGAUUCUACGGCCAUGGAUUGGGCGCUCCCUUACUGGGAUUAGGUCACGGGUGGCAUUAGGGCCUAAACCCCUCGACAACCUCGCACCGGCGAGUCUUCAUUAGAGUAUUCCAGUGCCAAAUUAGUUUUGUGUGAGAAAUGAAUAAAUUAUAACAUUGUGA